AGUAAGACCUUGCUGCCGCAAGUAGAGCUGGUUGCCAUGAAGCUUGCUGGAAUUGUGUGCAUCAGGGAACACUAUGGAGCAAUUUUCAACAUGGAGAAGAAACUGUUGUGUACAUCUGGUCACAGAGGACAUUAUUUCAACGACAGAAAACUUCCAGUGAGUGGGGCAGCAAAUUCCUGGCACCAACCCCCUAGCUCUGGAGUGAAGGGAAAUGCUGGAGCACUGAAGGAUAAAACCAUGAGAGCAGUGGUGACAGGAGGUGGAGGCUACCUGGGAUACAAGCUUGGAUGUGCUCUUGCCAGCUCAGGAGCUUCAGUUGUUCUGUACGAUAUACACAAGCCUAUCUGGGAAAUUCCUAAUGGAGUAGUGUGCAUCCAGGCAGAUGUCAGGGAUUAUGAUGCCAUAUUUGCAGCCUGUGAAGGGGCUGACUGUGUGUUUCAUGUAGCUUCAUAUGGAAUGUCAGGAAGAGAGCAACUGCACAAAGAAGAAAUUGAAACAGUAAACAUCGAUGGGACAAGAUUCAUCAUUGAUGCUUGCAAACAAAGGAACGUCACUAGAUUGAUAUACACCAGUACAGUAAAUGUGGUGUUUGGAGGGCUUCCUAUUGAAGAUGGUGAUGAGGAAACUGUGCCAUAUUUUCCUAUAGAAAAGCAUGUUGAUCAUUAUUCCAGAACCAAAUCAAUUGCAGAACAAAUGGUACUAGCAGCUAAUGGAACUCCACUAGCAGGAGGUGGAGCACUGCAUACAUGUGUUCUUCGCCCGCCAGGAAUUUAUGGACCAGAGGAGCAAAGACAUCUGCCAAGGCUAGCAAGGAAUAUUGAAAGAGGGAUACUUAACUUCAAGUUUGGGGAUCCUUCUGCUAAAAUGAACUGGGUGCACGUAGAGAACCUUGUACAAGCUCAAAUUCUGGCUGCUGAAGCUCUCACUCCCGAGAAGAACUACAUAGCUAGUGGUCAGGUGUAUUUCAUUCAUGAUGGUGAAAAAUUCAACCUUUUUGAAUGGUUAGCUCCACUCUUUGAAAGAUUAGGUUGCAGUAAGCCAUGGAUACCUAUUCCUACUUCCUUAGUUUAUGCAUCAGCCACAGUCAUGGAGCAUCUUCAUCUGAUACUGAAACCAUUGGUUGAGCUGUCACCUCUGCUGACCAGAAAUGAGGUGCAGAACAUCUCCACAACGCACACCUUCAGCAUCGACAAGGCCCGCAGGCAGCUGGGCUACAGCCCGGAGAAGUUCGCAUUCGCUGAUUCUGUGGAGCAUUACAUCAAAAGCAGAGCAGAGGCACGGAGCGAGCACGUCUUCCCCAAAGUGAUGCUUUUGUUCCUUGCGAUUUUAAGUUUGAUUUUUCUUUCUUUAAGAUUUGAUGACCUUUCAGUUUUGCACUUUUUUAAGGAAACACAGCACUGACUCACACAGGCUGCAUGUGCCCCCUGCAGAAUUGCUCCCAUGGAACAUCCUCAGCUCCACAGACAGGCACUUAUUUUAGAUUAAAAACAGAACAAACCUGAACACCACCAACACUGUAAGCAAUUGCAGCCAAAGUCCAUCACCAAGACACGUUUAAAGUCACACGUAUUUCCAAACUGACUGCUGGAGUGCACGAGGAGCUGCGAAAAGAACACAGGGCACAGCCGACGGAGAAAAGCAGCGGAAAGCAGAUGGAGGCAGCGCAGGAGCGGGGAGCUGAGAAACGUGCAGAGGAAGCACGCGGAGCGCUCCCGGCUGUGAAUCGCCCCUGUGGGCUGCACGGAGCUCACACGGUGUGAAUUUCCUUUGUGAACUGACCGCGUCACUGCAUAUGAGGGAAAA